AGGAGUGAGACCACCACGUGCACAAGGAGAGCAGUAGUAGUUGAGUAUUUACCGUUCAUACAGGCAAGCUAGCACAUCAAGAAUUGCACGAGCAAGAGGAUGACUUCCACAUCAUCCUCCACGACCUUUCGUUCACCGCAGAAGUACUUGAAGCGUGAUGAGGAUCAGGCUCGAUUGGUCCAGAGCGCGGUCAAGCGUGCUAGGGAUCGCGCUAUUUCUCGUGGCAACGCGUUUGCGGAGCAGAGUGACUUGGCGACUGCAUCCCUGUUUAAGGCUUAAUAGUACCCUAAUCCAUCUUCUGAAGCAUCGAUCCUGGGGCUACCUUCCCAUACAUAAGGAGAACACACCUCCAAGAUGAGGCUCUAAUCUGUCAUUCCUGAGCCAGAUGGCAGGUGCAGGUGGCUCCUUCACUGGUGGUGGUGGAUACCUCAACUCACCUUUGUACAACGGCCAUGGGCUAGGCCAUAGGACGAGUGGAGGAGUUUCUUCAGGAGCUGCCAAGUCGCUCGCGCCACCAAGCACUAGAUCUAUAGGAGGCGGAGGGAGUCGUAGUACUAUUGCAGGUGCGCCGUCUGGAGCAGGAACAAGUAGUACAACCACAUCUUCCGCCAACAUGACGUCGUCAGGCUCACGAACACUGAAAGCGUUUCAGAGCUCGUUGAGGAACCGGUCUUCGCCAGUGAAAAAAGUGGAAAUGGGAACUAGGACAGUCACCAGAACUACAGGUGGCGGUCUAGGAAUGGGCAGUCGUGGUCUAGUUGCAGAAAACAAAACGAGCUAUAAUGGCACAGGAGCAUCAGGAGCAGUGGGAAAUACCUCAGCAGCUUCAAACACAAAUAACAACCAUGACUACCGAAGUACAAGUACGUCUUUUACUUCAAGCAGUGGCUACUACAACGGACCGCCUUGGCCUUCAUCUUCCUCCAGCUCCUCGAACAACAGGCUUGCUUCUUCCAGUAGAUAUCGACGGCGUUCGAGUUUUCACUCAAUUUCACCAGUUCGCGAUGUUGCAGAGGCCUCAUUGUCCCCUAACAGAACCAAGAGAGUAGGACCUUCAAUGAUGUCGACGAGGAACUACAAUGGUAGAAGUACUAGUACAAGAGCAGUAGGGACAGGUGGAAUAGCAAGUAGUUUGCAACCUUCAGCUCCAGGAACGAGAUCCGCAAAUAAUUCGGCAACAUCUGCUACUACUACUUCAAGAAACAUCAACAACAUAGACACACUUCGUUCGAUUUCAUCCCUAUCAACAUCAUCUAGUACGCCCCGUGCUGAUCAAGCGGAUGUGAGGGCACGCAUUUUGAAAAUCCUAAAAUUGACAGACAAUGAGUCUCUCGAAAAGAAUAAAGUAGUAGAGCAGUCUUUCUCCUCGAACGAGCAGCUGCAUGGUCACGGUGGUACAUCAAAGCCAACUAACGCUGUUUUUGCUGAGUAUGUACAUGAGCAUGGGAUGAACAUCAACGAGAACGAUACUGUACAACUAGACGCCGAAGAAGGACACGACAGAUACGAUGAUGUCAACGAAAAAUCUGUAUCGUCUACAAUGAAUAAUCCUCCAACUCCCACAGCCAUAGCUCCAUGUCUUCCUUCUCCGCAAGACCUCUUUCCACCUCGAAACCCAAAGCCAAUUUCCAGCAUUUCUUGUUCCCAACUACCAGUACCAAUGACAUCGCCGCUUCUUGAGUCACCAAGUGUCGUCUCCGAUUUUUCACUCGCUUCGUCUCCGAGUAGUAUUCCAGCUUCCUCUCCUUCUGUAGUCGAACUCUCAGCCGCAGAUGAGGAGCGAUUCGCCGGUCUCCGUUGGAUUCUGGAGCGUCGCGGGUGUAGCUACUUUCAUCAUCAAGAGGCCAAUGAUGGCAAGGGGCAGCUGUAUCAUGUGGUACACAAUCAUCAUCUUGAUCUACUUCAAGCAGAUCUUGUUCAACCUGACUCCCUACAUGAAGAACAUGGUCAUCUUCAACAACGUCAGCAGUUUCCAACUCUAGUUCCUCUCCACAAGAGACUGCGGUCUCGAGAAGUACACUGGAUCGCGCUUCUAGGAACAUUGACAGUGGUUAUGGGGUUGUUUUUUCUGUUGCAGGACCACCUAGAUGCAGCGAUCGAAAUGACGCUUCAACAAUGUGCGAAGUUGUACGUGGACCGCUACCGUGUACCUGAUGUUGUGAUAAGACCACUGGAGGUACAGAUGAAGAAUGCAAGUACUAGUAGGUUGCAGGACGGAAUAAAGAUAACUUCGGCGCAAUUGAAAAAUGAUGGUCACGUCGGAGGAGUGGUUUGGGACAGUACAACUCGUAGUCGCGGUAACAACUCAACAUGGGCUUCGGAAUCCUCAGUCGAUCCUUUUCCCUACAAUUUCACUUUCACGCUUCCACGAACACUUCCGGUUCCAUCUUCAUCGAGUACGAUCAGUACAACUACUCCUCCUGUAUCAACACCUACGAUCAACCAUGACAUUUUUGACCUUAAUAUGGUCGACAUUCAGGCGAUUCCAGAUGCCACGAUUGCCGAUCAUCUUCGUGUAGGUUUUGAGGGGUUGACGCGUGAUCUUCAAACUUUGUUUGUCUCGAAGAGCAACUGGAGCAAUAUGUUGUCCAAGACUUCUGCUUUCAACUGCCUCAUCAAGAGUGCAAGCGGAAGUGCUCUCCAUGACAACAUCAAUUUGAUCGGCUUCAAGAACCAUGUGUUCCAUCACGCAGACGAGCUGCUGUUCCACCUACGCCCACACCUUGAGACUGUCGACGCGACGCUGAGACCACUGGCAGGGAGAGCAAAAGGCGAGAUCCUGUCGUUGAAGUCGGAGGUGUAUCGUCUAGGGAAGCGAUCUCUGCGUGCAACGCAAGAACUUCUCGAUUUCCGUUUGGUUGCGGAGAAAGUUGACGUUUUUGUGAAAGAUUUCGGUUUCGAUACACGCAAACUGGAGGACUUCUUUUAAGUUUUUGUUGUAGUUUUUGUUGUAGUUCUUGUGUUCGUGAUUGCGACUACAACUAGCUGCUCAGUAACUGCUCAGUUUCUCACUUCUCUUUGACUGUGAAAGCAGUACCUAUGAUGUAUUUGCAUCCAGAUCUUCCACUCCCUAAAUGUACAACAGCCACCUUCCUCUAAUUCCCCACUUCCCUCUGGCGAUCCAUCAUUUGGGCGUUUCGGAAAUUCCAGAUGGCGCUCGACGCCUUGAUCGCGGACCUUCAGGCCUUCGUGGAGAACGACUUGCUUCAGGUGUAUGUGAAGGAGUUUCAAGCGACGGCGAUGAACGUCUGGCAAUGUCUUCUGGAGAAGGCUUCAGAGGUGAUGGGAAUGGUGCAGGAGAAGCUAUUUGGACUAGGUGAGUUUUGAAGACUCUAUGUCUGACUCUAUCUGGAAAUUUGAUGAAAGUAUGUUGAUUUAGGAGAUCAGCUACACUGAAUUUCCUACAGUAAAACACUACUACUCCACAUGAUGUUGAUGGCAGUUCCUUACGCGUGUUCUACAAUUACAAAGAGCACUGCAUACGGAGGUACACAUAGGGUCGUUUUAUCUAGUUUUGUUUUUUCAAUCAUUCACGGGUUAGUACUACGAAAUUUUUGUCCAAUUUUGGUUACAGAAAAAUAUUGAAUUCAGUCAAGGACCCCUUCCUCACAUAAGCACGAGCGGAGUCGCACAACUUCGCUUCAUAUUCCCUCAUACGACCAAAAGUGUACUAGAGUUGUUACCGUUUGAUGUUAUUGUGCAUAAACCAACCGACUAAGGACAUCAAUGUCCUGUUUUUAUUGCAUAAUUAUGAUGGCCAUAUAUUUCACAGCCCUCUUGUUCAUAUUGUUGUAUCUUCCAUGUGAAUGUCUUUCUGCAAAACACUAGCAUUUUUACCGUUACCCGAUUUCAACUUCAAGAUCCCACCCAAAUGGUAGUAUAACUAUUAACUAACCUCUUAGUCUUGCUAAGUAGGCGGAACUUCAUGACGUCCUUUCCCUUGACAUUCUGCAUGGAACGCAACACUCCAUAAAUGUGACAGAGAUAGAUCAUGAAAGACUUGCUGGCCAAAAUGUUUC